GAGGUGGCAGAUGUCGCAGUGUGGUCGAUGCAUGACUGGUUCUAUUGUUCAGUGUUGGAGCGUUCGCGCAGGUGCAGCAGACCCCGGAAGCUACCCGAUCCGACCAGGCUGGUUCUGUUGAUUCCUCUGUAGGUCAACUAAGAGCAAACUACUAAAGACGCCGCGUUGGGGUGCUGAAAGCAUCUAGGGUGCACAUCAUUACGACAUGAUUGCUAUGAAAGCAGUGACGUUGUUGGUGGCUGCAAAUAUCAUCCUGCUUGUUGCUGUGGUCGUCGUCUUGGCUUUCUACAAACAGACUGGGAGCACGAGCUUCACGGAUACACACUCUGACGUCAUCGAUGCACAGAAAACAACUAUCCUCGGGAGUGGGCGGUGUCACAAGAACUGGACGGCAGUUUAUGGAAGCAGCUGCUCACCUGGUCAUUGAUCCCCGAGCAAAGUACACAGCCGCAGUUUCUGUUUUGAACUGGAGAGAGGACAGCAACAGCACCUUCGUUGGUGACAACAUCGAACACGACGCCGGAAGCCUCACAGUGAAGGACGGUGGUUACUACUUCAUCUAUAGCCAGAUCUUGUACCGAGGUGAAGGCACCAGAGAGCUGGAGUAUGGACGGGUACUGCAUAUUGUGUUAAAGCAGAGAAUGUCCGAGCUGUCUGAAUCUCCCACACCGUUGAUGAGGAAUCUCAUAUCCACGCCCUCCAUCAGGAGAGGUCACCUGACCUACGCGAGCAGUGUACUUGGGGCCACCUUCUACCUUGACCCCAACACCAGACUCACUGUCAAUUCUAGUGUCCCUGGGAACAUUGAUGCAACAGGCUCUCCACACUCUAACGUCUUUGGGCUAUAUCUUGUAUAAUGUAUUGAUGCAACGGGCUCUCCACGCUCUAACGUCUUUGGGCUAUAUCUUGUAUAAUGUAUUGAUGCAACGGGCUCUCCACACUCUAACGUCUUUGGGCUAUAUCUUGUAUAAUGUAUUGAUGCAACGGGCUCUCCACACUCUAACGUCUUUGGGCUAUAUCUUGUAUAAUGUAUUGAUGCAACGGGCUCUCCAC